CACGAUCGAGCGUACUAGCGCAAGUUGUAGGAGAGUGGGACAUGCCGUCGUAACUGUGGAGUGUUGUGAAAGUGAUUUAUGAAGUUGUCGGAGCCACAGGGGAUUUGGACAAGAAGCGCCUUCAGUACACAUGUUCCAAGAAUGACCAUGUGGAAGCUAGUUCUGUACCUGUUUUACACAGUAGCGCUAAUUUUAUUGGCAGUGCAGCCGUGCCAGUCACAGCACGCCAGCGAGUCCGUUGAUGCAAAGAUCUCCGAGUUCUUCAGAUCUGGCCACACUAACAACUGGGCUGUUCUCGUGUGCACAUCGAGAUUUUGGUUCAACUACCGGCACGUCGCGAACGUGCUUUCCAUCUACCGAAGUGUGAAGCGUUUCGGCAUUCCCGACAGCCAGAUAAUUUUGAUGAUCGCCGAUGACAUGCCUUGCAACCUUCGCAAUCCGAAACCGGCCACCGUGUUCAAUAAUGCUCACCACCACAUCAACGUGUACGGCGACAAUGUGGAAGUCGAUUACAGAGGGUAUGAGGUCACAGUGGAGAACUUCAUCCGUAUCCUGACAGGGCGCCUGCCUGCCAACACUCCACGCUCGAAGCGACUUUUAACGGAUGAGUACAGCAACAUUCUCAUUUACAUGACAGGUCAUGGUGGGGAUGGAUUCCUCAAGUUCCAAGAUUCUGAAGAAGUCACCAAUGUUGAGCUGGCUGAUGCAUUUGAGCAGAUGUGGCAGAAACGGAGGUACCAUGAGAUUUUCUUUAUGAUUGACACAUGUCAGGCAGAGUCCAUGUUCAAGCGUUUUUACUCGCCUAACAUCCUUGCCGUGGCCAGCAGCAAGAUUGGCGAGGACUCUCUCUCGCACCAUGGUGACCCGACAAUAGGAGUGUAUGUCAUUGAUCGGUACACUUACUAUGCACUCAUGUUCCUUGAGGAGGUUAGCACCAACAACACCAAGACUAUGGCCCAAUUUUUACGCGUCUGUCCCAAGUCAGUGUGCAUCUCAACAGCAGUAUCACGCAAAGACUUGUUUACACGUAACCUGGACCAAGUUCCUCUGACAGAUUUCUUUGGGAGCGUGCGCAAUGUUGAGCUCACUCAACAGAAGGUCACAUUGAAGCCCCUGCCACCACCAAGCACAUUGCUAAGCAAACCACCAGAAAACACCACUGUCAAGCAGAAGCAAGGCUGGCAUAAAAUUGGCCAAUUUUCAUUCCUUUCAUAGCAGUGCCACAUCAACUUAUGGAAACUCAAAUUAACACUUAGUUUACCUUUGCACAACAACCAAGGAUAGAAGGUCCUUGCCGUUCCGUUGUACAGUCACGCACAAACUGUAAAUAAGCACUUUUAGCAGCCUAUUACUUAAGAUAUUUAAUAAAGAAGUUGAAUUGUCCAAGUGGCAAGAUUCCA